AUGGACACACUAUCCAGCCACAGCUCUUACUUGCUUCAGCAGCUUCAAGAGCAGAGGAUUCAGGGAAUGCUCUGCGACUGCAUGUUGGUGGUCAAAGGGGUUUGCUUCAAAGCCCACAAAAAUGUCCUGGCAGCUUUCAGCUCCUAUUUCAGAUCUUUAUUCCAGAAUUCUCCCAGUCAGAAAAAUGAAGUGUUUAACUUGGUUAUCCAGGAUGUUAGUGGCAUUGGCCAAUUAUUAGACUACAUGUACACCUCCCAUCUUGACAUCAAUCAAGAAAAUGUACAGGCACUCCUUGACAUCGCUCAGUGUUUGCAAGUUCCAAAUGUCCAAAGCAUGUGUAACACAUUCCUCAAGCCUUGCCCCCCACCAGUGGAAAUCCCAUCAUUUUCUCUCCAAGGGAUGUUGACAUCAGAGCAUGACUGCCUUCUGGGAAGCAGCCUGCCUAAUGAUGUUGACCUCCCCUGUUCCACUGAAGUACAAAGAGCAAGCUUCAUGGAGCAAACAAAACGAAUGCCUAUGUCUAUGCCUAACAGUGCUCCGAGUGACUCGGGUAGCGGCUCCCAGCCACCUGUAGAAAAACAAUUAGUACAUGGGUACAAGCUCCGCAAUUUCUACAGUAAGCAAUACUUUAAACAAAGUGCAAUUCAGGCCUCAAACCGAGGUCCAGGCCCUUCAGUUGUUGUGGAGGAGUCACAGUGUGAGCUCGGGCUAAGCCAAGUUGGCAACCACUCGAAUUUAUCCUCAGGAAAUGCAGUUCAGCCCACCCCAACUUGCACAUCCUUGGCAGCUGACAAAAACCAUGUGUCUGCUCUGACACCCUCCGAUAGUUUAAACAACCCCAGCUCUGACCAUGCAGACUCCAUGCUUAAUGUUCCGGUCCGUCCAAAGAAGACAGUUUACCUAAAGAAAUACAACUAUCUACGUUCUCAAAAGGCCUUGGAGGAAAUGUUUGCAGAAUCAGUCAGCGAGCCCAUCCUUAACUGCUCCAAAGGCACUCCCCAAGAAGAUUCUGCAGUCCAGAUUGGGACUCAAGAAGCUCCUGUUGAAAACCUUGUUACUGUUAGAGAAGAGUCACCCAAGACACUAUCAGUUGCUGAAAUUCCAAAGCAGUCAUCCACAAACCAAGAGGAGCAAGGACUGCAGACUGUGCCCGAAGCACCACAGCGAACGGGACAUAAAUAUUCCUGCAAUUUGUGUGGGAAAAUCUUCAAACACCCAAGCAACCUGGAGAUGCACAAACGCUCACAUACUGGUGAGAAGCCCUUUGAGUGUAACAUUUGUGGGAAGAACUUCUCCCAGGCUGGAAAUUUGCAGACACACUUGCGGCGGCAUUCUGGAGAGAAACCCUUCAUCUGCGAGUUGUGUGGCAAAUGCUUCACUGCAUCGGGGGAUGUCCACCGUCACAAAGUGGUGCACACAGGCGAAAAGCCUCAUCUAUGUGAUAUAUGCGGUCGAGGAUUUAACAACUUGAGCAAUCUCAAAGAACACAAGAGGACACAUGCCACAGACAAGACAUUUACUUGUGACCAGUGUGGAAAAUCGUUCAACACACACAGGAACCUUCUGAAGCACAAAGCUUGCCACGGUGGUGAGAAACCACACAGUUGUCCCACCUGUGGGAAGUGCUUCAUUGGCUCAGGGGACUUGCAGCGUCAUAUCCGGUCUCACACUGGAGAAAAACCCUAUCUUUGCAGCACCUGUGGAAAAAGCUUCACCCGUUCAGCCAUGUUGCGGAAACACAGUAACAUGCACUGCAAGGGUGUACCAGCUGAUGGCGACAUAACAGAGAAUUCUGAGCAGACACUGAGCUCAGAUACAGGUGUCACGCUCAGCAAAGCUAUGUGCCAUAGUGAUGCCACAAGUGAACAGACCUAUUCUGCUCUGCUGCCUCACACAGGACCUGAGAAGCCAUCACCACCUGUUUCUUCACCCCCAACACCCAAUGUGGAAACUCCACCUCUAGGUAUACAGCUUAGUCCGGCUUCUACCCCAACCUCCCUUCCAGAGCUACGAUCCCUUGUACCGCACCAUCUCCUCGCUACCUCCCACCAAGAGAGGAGUACUGCACUACCUGGCCCGGAUCACAUGAAGCUACCCAAGCAACACAUCCCUCAAGAGGUUGAAUACGGACCCUAUAUAGAGAAUGGGCCAAUGGGAGGUGAGAUGGGUAGAGGUCUUUUAGGCAAACCUUACCUCCCUGUUCAAGACAACUACUGUGCUACUCGGUCUAAUAGUGGCUUGUACAGAUCGAGUGAAGGCAACUUCAUAUCAAGUGUAACUCUGUGGGGCAUUGCAAUGAAAACCUUGCAGAAUGAUAAUGAAAUGGAUCAAUAA